GGAAGCGUCCCGGAGGAGGCACGUGGGUGGGCGCGCCAUGGAGCGCGAGCAGAAGCGGUUCGAUUCGGGGGAUCUGCCCGCCCUGCGCCGGAUCGUGUGCGAGCAGGGGCCGCUGUCCCGUCCGGAUGGCUCCGCGUCCUGGAUGCAAGGGGACACCUCGGUGCUUGCUGGUGUUUAUGGCCCAACGGAAGUCAAGGUCAGCAAAGAGAUCUAUGAUAAAGCUACGCUGGAAGUGCUGCUGAGGCCCAAAGUGGGCUUGCCAGGUGUCUUUGAAAGAAGCCGAGAACAAAUGAUCAAGAAGACAUGUGAGGCCGUGAUCUUGGGCACGCUUCAUCCUCGCACUUCUGUUACUGUGGUGCUUCAGGUAGUUACAGAUGCCGGCUCUCUGCUGUCGAGCUGCUUGAAUGCCGCCUGCAUGGGCCUGCUGGACGCAGGGCUGCCCAUGACAUCCCUGUUCUGCGGAGUGACGUGUGCCUUGGAUCCGGAGGGCAGCAUCAUCUUGGACCCCACGGCAAAGCAGGAGAAGGAAGCCUCCGCGGUUCUGACGUUCGCCAUUGAGAGCACAGAGAAAAACGUGUUGAUGUCCAGCACAAAGGGGGCGUGUUCAGUGGAGCAGUUUCAGCAGUGCAUCGCCGCCGCCCAGCGAGCCGCCGACACCCUCUUUCAGUUCUACCGGGAUGCUUCUUGCAGGAAAUACUCCAAGUGGUGACUCCCCCGCUCUCGGGAUGGGGCGCAGGACACAGCUUUGCCGGAAUCCCACGCCGGCCCUUCAGCCCUCAUGACAGCAGCCCCGUCGUUCUAAACAGCAAGGCGGAGAGAAGGGCGGCUGUCAGCUUGGACUGUGAAGCACGUUCGGGUACUGCUAAGUCUGGCUGUCGACCGGCUCCCCCAGCCCCACUGAGCAGGGCUGGCUGACCCUCAGACCUGCCGGAGCAGCUCCGCCAGCCUUCCUCACCCCCCUGCCCUCCAGGUGCGUUGGAUCGCGACCCCCAGCAUCCCCCCGCCUGGGAAAGGCAGGCCACGUGAUGCUGCAUUUCUGUUAUAUUUCCCCACUUCUUCAUCAAAAGCCGUUGUUUCUGCACAGAUGAUCGGGGAUGGUGUUGCCUUUUGUCUGCUUCUGAGUCCAGAUGUUUCCGAUUGCUCUUCUUCCAGAAAUAAUAGUUCUGCGGGCUUUGAAACGCA